AUGACGAAAUUCAGGACUAGACUGCUGAAAUCAUACCUUCGUAACCAGAAUGACGAAGGCACCAGUGAAGAAUUCAAUAAACAAAGAGAAAAUGAAAAUAAAAAAAAACAGAUAAAAAAGGUAAUAGGGUCUUUUGAAGUUUCCAAAAAUGAUUUUGUUGAUCUGAUAACAAGAUUCACCAAUGGUAAACAUCUGCUAAAACCAUCUGAUCUUAAUUUAAAUGAUAAAAUGAAUUAUAAAUCUGCAGAGAUGUGUUCUGAAAUGGUACAAAAUUUGUUAAAAACUCAACCUGAUGCACUAAGAACGGUCGAAUACUUAAAUUUAAUGAACAAGAUCAAAAUGGCGGUUUUGGAUAAAAAUGAUUUUAUUUAUACUAGAAUUUAUUGUAUGUGUGAUUCUAAAACAAAAAAAAAAAAAAAUGUAGUGCCCAGAAAUAAAUCUGAAACAAUUAGAAAAACAACAUUAUGUUGGUUACUAGACGAUCAAUGCAAUAAAUUAAGUUCGGAUAGGAUUAUAAGAGUUAAGGGAGUCCCAGAAUUUUCAGAUUCUAAAAAUUACAAGAAAAGCACUGUCAAUUUAAUAGAAACUGAUAAAUAUUACGCCAUCUAA